GAACCAGAUUUCGAGCAGGCGACAGCAUUACGCACCAUCGCAGUAUUGCAAACUCCGGAGAUUAGCACAAACUCAAGACUGGCUCCUGAGUCAACAAGUUUUCUGCAACCGUCGUCUUCACAGCCCAUGAGCUCAUUGAUGGUGCCAAUGAACCUGCUGCCAACGUCACCAAUGCGUCGACAGAGAACAUUGCCGGGAUACGCUGUCGACGACGAUGACGACGGCGGGAUACUAGUCGUCACUGUCGACAGGGAAGAAUGUCAUCCAGAAAUCACCUUAUCUUUGACGACGGAUCCCGGGGAUCCAGGAUUGAACGACGUGGUGAUCGCUGUUCCAGAUUCUGCAGAAAAUUGCAAUAUUCCUUCGGAAAGUGACGUCGUCGGGUUUCCGCCUGCAACAGGCGCCAAAAUCAAGAGACCCAGCACUUUGGCAAUAAUUGAAAAUCAUUCAUGACCAGGAGUGUUUCCGGUGAACAAGGAAAAGGGGAAUUCCGGAAACUAAUAUCGGAGUCGCAUGAAAGCAAAUCAGCGAACCAAAAAUGUUCUUCAAAUUGAGCUUCUCGCCAAAAAAAAAGACCAACUGAAACGGGGGAAACAUUUUUUUUUCUUUUUCUUGGGGUCCGCAGAUUUUAGUGGCAAUAGUUUUGAAGUGCGGCGGCUGGGAAAUGUUUUUUGCUUGCUCAUGACGCAAGGAGCAAUUUUUUUUUGUGAGGGGCGAAGUAAACCAAAAUUGGCAAAGCCUAUUUUUUAACCGGAGAUUGACAGAGUUAAGAUGGAAUAUUCGGUGUCUUUCCAACGAUGUGUCGGGAGAAGAGGAAUAAAUACGACGGUUGAUUUUUUGUGUGCAAAAUUA